AUCAGCUUCAAAGCUUGCUUGCCAUUACUGAGGAAACCGUCACUUUGUUUUCUUCCACUUCUGUUAAUAUUCAUUUUCUUCAUCGCAUCAGGAAUCGCCGAUGAGUCAUGGGGAAAGGGACGGAUAAGUUGUAUAUCACACAUUCCGAGUGGUCGUCCUCGGACGCCUACUCGGCGAAUACCGGCUCGCGUGCUACUCAAGACGGCGGCGCAUCAUUCAAACGACUACCCUUCAAUUUUUGCGCCGCAAGUCUCCAACCGUUCAAAAAUCCCGUCUGCACUCCCGAGGGAACGAUAUUUGACGUCGAGGUUAUCUCAAAAUGGCUCGAAACCCACAAGACUAAUCCCGUGAACGGGGAACCUCUGGCAGCACGCGACCUCAUCAAACUCAACUUUGCGCGUAAUGGGGACGUCGAUUCGAAGGGCGCAGACGGGUCGGGUAGUGACGGGAAAGGGGAUUUGAUCGACCCUGUUACUUUCAAAAUCUUCACCGACAAUACACACAUCGUCGCGAUCCGACAUGGCACCUAUGCGAACGUUUUCGCCUGGGAGACGGUCGAAAGGAUGAAUAUCAAAGCAAAGAUGUGGCGCGAUCUAGUGGAUGAUGCAGAGUUUGGUCGAUCCGACAUCAUCACCCUCCAAGAUCCCCAGAACAUCGCAAGCAGAGAUCUAAGCCAGUUCCAGCACUUGAAAGAUGGCGGAGAUGCGCUAGUAACAAACGAACAAGAGGAAGAUCAAAAGGCAGGCAAUAUCAACAUCAAUGCCCUAGGCAGAGUGGGCGACAAGGUCCUGAGAGCGAAGCAGGCCGUCGAGAAGGCGAGAAAAGAGCGUGAAGCUAGCAGGGAUAUCAAUCGCUCAUCCAAGGCAGUUACAAAGGCGGUAGCGAACAAUACUGUUCGGCCAUCUAUGAUACAGGAAAAGAAGCAAGCCUACAAUGCGGCAGCAUAUACCACAGGCAGAGCCGCCGCAAGUUUUACCAGUACCGGAUUGACCCCGGAAACCAGUGGCGAACGAGCCCAGUUGACCGAUGAGGAAUACAUGCUAAAGCCGAAGAGGGUAAAGAUAAAGGGUUACGCACGAAUUGAGACGAAUCUGGGUGAUUUAAACAUUGAGCUACAGACGGAAUAUGCGCCGAAGGCAGUCUGGAAUUUUACUCGGUUGGCUCAGAAAGGCUACUAUAAGGAUGUUUCCUUUCACCGCAACAUCAAAAACUUCAUGAUCCAAGGAGGCGAUCCUACUGGGACUGGGCGAGGAGGCACGAGUAUAUGGGGCAAGAACUUCCAAGACGAAUUUGACGGGCCUUUGACGCACGACUCUCGUGGCUUACUCAGCAUGGCCAAUAAGGGCAAAAACACGAAUUCCAGCCAAUUCUUCAUUACGUACCGUCCGGUAAAGCACCUUGAUAGAAAACAUACUAUCUUUGGCAAGGUUGUUGGCGGCACGGACGUGUUGAGCAAGAUGGAGGCAGUCCCUACAGAUGGCUCGGACCGACCUCUAAACAAGAUUUACAUCAAGGACGUUGUCGUGUACCUCGACCCGUUCGACGAAUUCAUGAAGCAGAAGGCUGAGCGCGACAAAGCCGCCGAAACGAAGGCGGAGAUCGAGAGGUCCGGUGGAACUGAAGAUGACCGCAUGACGUGGACGGGAAAACGAGUCAGACAGGACGGCACAGUCGACCAGAGCAGUAGCGGCGGAAGUGUGGGCAAGUAUCUACAAGAUGCUAUGAAGCAGCAGGCCGUCGAAGAUGAGAUUAUCGAGGAGGAUGUCGAUACGUGGGAAGAGCCAGUUAAGAAAAAGGCAAAGGUUGGCGGGUUCGGUAACUUCGACAAUUGGUAAAAAAUGAAUUGCAUUGCAUGGCGUUCGGCGAUACCCAGACAUAUCGUGAGUAAAAACAG